UUCAAUUCUCCAGUUGCUUUGCCAAAACGAUGCGACCAAGAUUGAUGCUGCAAAUCAACGUGAAAAGAAACACAACCAAAAUCAUAUAAUCAUCUAUCCCUAACACGCAUGACAAACGCCUGCAACCUUGUGAGAAUCACCUGCGAUUUUCAUUGACCAUUUUAAUUUGUACCGGAGAGACCGCCAAACCCCUGCGUGCAGCAAACAACUCCCUUGCUUGAAAUUGGGCGGCUGCCCGCACCACGUUCUACAGCACAGUACAUACCGCACCUUAUCGUCUGGGCAGAGGCAACGAGACGGGGGCCUGGGACAGGACGAAUUGCCAACAAAUAAUCUCGCGCCUGAGCUUUUAUGUCGUCUUCGUUAAGGCUGGCGGAGCAAUUGAAGAGUGGCGGUAUACACGUGCACUUUGUUGCACGGCAGCAGCAACUGAUUGACUUUUACCAACCAGGAGUCGAGUUCCGGUCAUACUAGGUAGCCUUGGUACUGCCCUGCCUGCCUAUUUUGCCCGCCGUAAAACUCGAGGAGAUUGAUUGCCUUAUCGACGCAGUCACAAAACCCGCACACCACCCCGACAACCACCGCUCAGUCACCAAUUCCGAGGUUGGCUACCAAGAGAUUGAACAGCUUUGGAAAUCGAACAAAAUCGCUCAUAGAUCCAGAAUAUUGCUUGAACCCACUUGCUCCUGAGUUGGCGACGCCUCCAAACGCCUUCAAAAAUGGACCCCUCGUUCAUUUUUGGGGCUUUACCAGUCGGCACUCUCCCUCGUCCACAGACGACACAAUCGACCCAGUACUACCACCCUCAACGCCCACCGCUACCGGCUGCUGCUGCUCGUGUGCGCCAACAACAUCGUGACGACGACGGCGACGGCUCGUCGAAUCGUAUCGCGCAUACACUCACAGCAUGUUGCCGUUGCCGCCAGCGCAAAACACGAUGCGACCCGACACUUCCGCGCUGCCUUCCCUGCGAACGUUCAGGCUCCAUUUGCGAAUACUUUGACACCACCAAAGGCAAGAAGAUCAACCGCAACUAUGUAGUUCGACUGCAGACGCGCGUGCGACAUCUCGAGUCGGAGCUUGCCCAGUUCACCGAUGACGAUGAGUUCCCUCGCAAUACAGAGGAUAUGGUACGGCCAGGCGGGUUGGUCAAGCUGGACGAACAUGAUGAGACCCCCAGGUACCUUGGUCCGAGUAGCGGAAUUGCCAUGACAAGGUUGGUGAUGGAGGAUGCGAAGCGUUUCACGGAAGCAAAAAAAAUAUCCGAUGUCAUUCCAUCGGUGGGCUCCCGAAGGAUAGACAGGUCGAACAGGAUGCAGAGUAUUGUCAGUUAUGGUGGGAGCAUAAGUGGUCCAAGCAUUCGCAAGAAGAGCUAUCCUAUGGUCAGCGCGCAUGCCGCCCGGGAGCUGCCGUCGCGACCGAUGGCGAACAAGUUGCUGGAGGUUUACAUUCAAAGAGGUCAAGUUUUCCUUCCAACCCUUCACGAGGUUGUACUUGCAAAAGACCUGGACGAGGUUUAUAAUGGAGACAAAGACCCGCACAAAAACUUUAUUGUUUGGAUGGUCUUGGCAAUCAGCCUUCAAAAGCUGGAGCUGCAAUAUGCAGGUCUAGCUGACGGUUUCUACUUGGCAGCCAUGCAGUACUUUGAGGAAGUAGUCAGGGCGAAGGACUUGCGAACACUUCAAUGUCUCGUUCUCAUAGGCCAGUAUUCAACUCUGACUCCUACGCGAUCAGCAGUUUACUACAUCGUAGGCCUCGCUACUCGUAUUUGCCAGCAACUGGGAAUGGGUGAAGAAAAGACGAUAAAACGAGAGUACGACAUGGGGCUCAUCGACAUGAUCACCUUUGAUCUCAAGAGGAGGCUAAGCUGGAUAAUUCUGUCCAUGGAAUUCGGUCUAGCGCACAGUAUGGGAAGGCCCAACGGUUUCGCCAAGGGCGAUGACUUCAUGGAUGUUGGCUUUUUUGACAGCCGUCCGGAUGAGCUCAUAACAGCUGAUGGGAUCAAAGAAGGCCCUCCGAGCGAGAAGAAGCUCAUGUCGAUCCAUUUCCUAAAGAUGAGGCUUCUACAAGCAGAAAUUAGACGCAAGUUGUACGAAAAGAAGCGGCCGGAACCAAGGGAUGAGCGCCAUCCUUGGUUUGCACAAAUGCUGCAGAAACUCCAAGAUUGGCGUGACUCUAGUCCGGAGCAACCGGCCUGGUGUGGUCCCUGGUUCACUGGCAAGUAUCACAGCAUGGUUGUCGCUCUUUUCAGGCCAUCGCCGCAGGUACCAAAGCCUUCCAGUGCGGCGGCUUUGAGGUGCUUCGAGUCUUCGGCACAUAUCAUCGAACUUUCGAGCCAGCAACUCAAGCAGUCGGCCGUAGACAUCACAUGGAUAUUCCUCUUGACCAUCUACAUGUCCCUUAACACGUUGCUCUGGUCCGUCUCAUAUCCCGAAGUGCGCAAAGUACAUUCGCGUGAGCAGCUUGAGGAGUUGGUACAAACUUGCCUCGACACAGUUGACCAGUGUUCAGAAAGGUGGCCCGGCACAGCGAUAGCAUCACAAAACUAUGCAAAUCUUGCUAGAGCAUGCAUGCACAGUUACGAACAGGCGGACGAGCAGCCUGCUCCACCCGUGUUCUCAAACAGCUUUGCAACAACCCCUUCGCUAACUGACACCAGCUCACCCUCUGCAUCGGAUACAUCCGCCCACACGGCCGCAUCAACAACUUCAGCACCACCGCAUCAUCAUCACCAGCAACCACCCGGACCGCCUUUGUUUAAUAACUCUCAGUUGUUUGGUUACAGUUUUGAUCAACCCCAGCAGCAGCAGAAUCAGCAACAACAACACCAGCAGCAGCAACCAGAGCCGACAUUCAAGUUCGAGAACACGUACGAUGAUGGAUUCCCACCCCCUCGCCAUCCACAGUUUCGCACAGGCUCCAUUUUCUUCAAUCCUGCGUCAGAAUCAGGCGGCGGUGGCGGGAGGAGGCCGUCAUACUUUCCUCCAGAUUUUGUACAGGAUGAAGGUCCAGGGCCUAAUCAAAUCGAUGAGCCCACACCACCUGCUUCCACUACGCCACACGCCAGCAACCUCUCGUCUCCUCGUAAUAAUAUUCCAACUCCGCCAGAGUCUCUAGGCAAUGGUAGCCAUUCUCAAUCAAACAAUGCGCUGUCCCCGGCUAUCAACUUUGCCGACUCAGGAUCUGUUCAUCACACUCCGGUCAUGAGCCAUCAAAGCCCCCCGAUGCCUCACGGGUCAAUGACUCCAGGCGCGCCGGCCAUCAAGUUUACCCCACAGACGCCGCAAACGCCCCAAGGCCACCCCACGCCGCAGGGGACGCCACAACAACGGCCAAUUUUUGCAGUACCCGCGCUGCCGCCUCACGCACAGCAGAAUCAGCGGCACCACCAGAAUGUGCAGCAACACAACCCGCAGCAUCAGCAUCAGCCGACGCAGUGGUUCAACCAGCCCCCGCCAGUCAUGUCUCAAUAUGCCGGCUACUCGCAGAACAAUGCCGCCGUGUUCAGCAACAGCACGCACAACUUUGGUGACCCUGGCAGCGCGGCUGCAAUGCUUGGCGCCAUGCCACCUGCGGGAUUCGGCGGUCAACACAUGAAUCAUGGCCCCCACGAUGGUCUCGGUAACUUUGGUGGUUACUCGAUGGACCCGAUGAGGCAGGGCAGUCUGACGCACGAGCAGCUGUCGGAGCUCAUGGGCGUCCUUGAACAGGAUGGCAUGACUGAGAUCAACCAGCUGCUUGGCAUUGGCCCAAGUGGUAACGGCGGUGGUGGUGCUCAAGGUGAAGUGAGGUGGUAAUCUCUGAUUAUCAUAGUUUUAUUUUGUCUGGUGUUUUUGUGUUGAUAUCUCGUUGGUUGACGAACAACCUGGUAUCAUAUGAAAUCCAUGUACUCUUUUUUUUCUAUUUGUCUAAAAUGCUAAUGUCAGCGCAAGGGUGGUAUCUAUCUAUUGGGUGAGAACAUAAGGCAGGACAUUAUAGACGGUUUGUUUAUUUGAUGCAACAGCGUUUAGUAGCAAGG